UAUGAGGGCUUAUUUUCUUGACCAGCAACCAUGUUAUCUCUCGCUCUGGUGUUUCAGCUCAGCCUAUAUGAACAGUUUGCAAAUCGGCCGGGUCGCUGUGAUGGAUCAAUCACAUCGCAUGAGCUGACGCAAAUGACCCUGCUCUCUUUCAAGAACUCUUUCAAAACGAACAUGGCGGCAACCUAACGUUUGGCCAAAAUGACUGUGGAUCGUUUCGCGAGAAAAGAUCCCACCUUUUCGGACCGAGGAGGCGAGAUUCGGCGUUUCGAAACGAGGAGUCCUUGCGCUUUUCACCAGAGCGAGCGGCGAGACACGGGCUUUUCCGCGCUGUAGCGGCUCUGCGCAAAAGGGGAGAGCGGAACCCAUGACAGACGAGCAGGGAGAGACAUGUUGCUACAGAUAGCUGGGUUUUUCUCCGGUGAAGCACGGGGAGAGGGGACUCGACAAUGAAAGCAGUAAUCCCCCUGAACACAGCAACUGAUCGUUAAUCGCGGAGGUGAGCCACGACCGCUCGUCAGCAGCCAUCGUUUAGUGGGCAAAACUCAAGGCAGACCUCCCGUCAAUGACUAUUGUGGCAGAAAAGCCCCCACGGUGGAGUCAGCCAGAGCUGCGCUUUCCCAAAAUAUGACCAGCGGUGCUUGGAAGUGUCGGCAGCGAGAUGACGGCUUAAAAAUUUGGUGUGCUCCCCGCGAGAACGAGAAGCCAUUCACCGACUCCGAGAGGGCCCAGCGAUGGCGAUUGUCCUUAGCGUCCCUCUUAUUUCUAACCGUUCUGCUUUCUGAUCAUCUGUGGUUCUGCGCCGAGGCCAAACUGACAAAGACCCGAGACAAGUUAGCUUCAGUGGACAUGAGCGCAAACCACAGACCCGACCUCCCUUCAACACACAGCAGCCUCAGAAGAAAUGAAGAUGCUAUUUUUGUAGUCAAUUCUACCAAACCUUUGUGGCAACUAGAAACUUGCCACCCGGAUGGUUUGUCUGAAAACUGCUUCACUUUUGUCGACGCUGACCACUUGUGCAGGGGCCUUUCGCAAACGGAGGGGACGCGCGGGAUGAACAUAAGCGAUUUGUACCUUUCCUUUUGUAAUUCGUACUCUCUUAUGGAUUUGCUUUACGGCUCGUUAAGUCCGGACAAUUUGAACUGCAGCCUUGACGUGAUCGUGGACGGCGACCUAAACAGGUGCAGUCUGUGCGUUCAGGCGUACCAGCGUUAUGACCUGCACGCGCAGGAGAAAUAUGAGGAUUUUGAGAUGAUGGCAGACAAAUACGAGACGGAUGUGUACUCAGUAAGGACGUGCAUGGAAGAAUGCAAGACUGUCUACAGGCCCUGGCUCUGCGCUCAGUAUUUCCAGAGUCCUCAGUCAGGUUGCAGUCAUAAGAUUCCCUGUGAACAGUACUGUCUUGAGGUCCAGCAGAGGUGUCCGUUCAUAUUGCCUGACAAUGAUGACCUUAUACAUGGUGGAACUCCCAGUUUUAUAUGUGCAGGGAUCAAACCAAACAUCAACCAGGAGCCAGAGUGCUGUGAUGUGCGGUGGGACCAGAAGUCCAAGAACCGCUCCCGUGGCACUUUAAAAAGAACUCACCCUUCCUGCCAGCACACAUCCGUGACCUCCCCGGGGGCUCCGCGGCACGGGCAGGGCCGGCUGAAACUUUGCUUGCUGGUCCUAGUUCUUCUCCACACUGUGGCUACCAUGACGGCCAAUCAGAACUCGACCUGCCUGACCGCCAUAUUUCCACUGGACGACAACGCCCCUAGAGAAGAGUGAUUGGACGAUGCUGGGCUGGACAGCUCUAGCGUAUCCGCAUGCUCCAACACAUCUCACUUCGGGCUUGUCAGUAAAGAAGCCCAGCACUCAGAGAGAAGUUGAGUGUACCGGCUCUAAGUGAUGCUAACAGUCUCAACCAGAGAACAUUUAACCACACUUGUCAUCAGCACUUUGUGGGGUUUGGGGAAAACAGCGAACAAGACAUGGGACAAAAGAUACACAUAAUAUGAAGAGCCAGAACAUGCCCCCACAGAGACUUCUCACUCUCUUCUGGAACACACAUUGACACACACACACACACACACAAAAUGUCAUUUCACUUUGCACUAGGAGAUUAUCUAACUUUUCCCUUUUAGUUUCAGCUGUUAUUUUCACUUCAAGAUGGUUUUGACUUCUGUUCAGUGGUUUCGGAGCAACCUGGAAAGUGACUUGAGGUUCCAUGGUCUUGUCAAAUUCUCUCUUUAUAUGUUGCGUGCCAGUAUUUAGUGUAUUUUGAGAGUGAGUGUCACACCACAAAGUCAUCAGCACCAUUCAGACAGGAUACAGGCUACAGAUUCAUGUUUCUUUAAAAUGCAUUCAUUUUCAUCCUGAAUAAUUUUUUUUUUAUUUUUUAUCUUAGAUGUACUCAAAGCCUCAAAAUCAAAGCAGCAAUUUUCUUCUCCACCUCCUAAGAAACAGAUACAGCCACCUCGCAUUAUAUUAGAAAAUUAUGAUUAGUCCCCUAACUGUAUGAACUGUAUGAGUUUACUGCAGUUUAUCUUAACUACCAUGAGAUAGUUCUGUUUAUUCCAACAUCUUCAUCUCCAUAUCAUGUACAUGACUUACUAUGAUUUGUACAUGCUCAGAAAAAAUAAAUAAAAAAACAACAACAUAAGUACAUAAUCACAUAAGCUGUCACUGUACCCUUUCAAAAGGUACUAAUAUGUACCUUUAAGAUAAUGAUAUGAACCUAUUAGGGAUACGGUCCUAGUGACAGCUUUUUUACUUUUUUUUUUUCUUUUCUGAGAGUGUAUAGACUCCAGAGUGUAAAGACCCCAUUGUGUUGGUACUCAUUUAAAUACAAAUAUAGUCUACAACAGGUCAAAAUCAUCAAAUGAACAGGGCUUUGGCACACAACUGUAAAGGAGGAGGAUGAUAAGUAUUUUCAUACAUGAUACUACUUUAUUAUGCACUUUAUUCAUUUAAUAAUGUGCUAAACCCUUCAGCCUUUCUGCAUUAAUUGCAUCUUAGAUGUUCUGUGGAAGCAUCAGUUUUUCAGUAUGUGGUCCUCAUGUAAUUCUUAGCAUCAACAAUGUUUAUAUCUUUACUCAUUGCAUGACAAUUUGAAUGCGUUCAUUUAACAGUUUAUAUGUGAAGCUGGUUUAACUAAGGUUAACUACCACAGUUCAUGUGUGAAUGGAAUUGAAAUAGCUGAACAGAAUGUGCUGCUCCAUCAUAAUAAUACACAAUUACACUGUAAUUUUACCAUCAUUUCCCUGUCAGAAAUAACUAUCUAUUGUGUAAAGGGCUUAGCAAAUAGUAGUGUGAGGAGAAGGAGUUAAGGGCUUAUUCUACAUUUCUCCUUCUGUGUGGUUGUUGUCUUCAGUGUUUGAGUGUAAUGGCUAAUAGGGAUUAUGUGUUGUUUUGCCUUUGUCAGGACCUUAUUUUCUGACUAUCCUUGUAUACUGUGCAUUCAACACUUUCCUUUGGUCAUUAUUUUCUUGUGUGUUUAAAGAGUAAAUUCACUACCGCUAAAUGAAUUCUUGUAAAGUUAAAUUCAAAUUACUCAAGAGCAGAGAUGCACAGAGUGACUGGUGACAAUGGCCCAGGUGUACAAUUCUUAGGGGAAACUACCAGUAAAUGCCCCUUUUCGAAUACUAUUUUUUUUUGUGUGUGUGUGUAUAGGCUAAUUUGAGAAAUAUCAAUAUACAAUAAUAUACUACACUUCACAAAACUGGAAACUUAAAAUUGCAGAAUCUCUAAAGUCAAACAGAGAUGUCUUGUUAAUUAAAACAUAUAAAGCAACACAAGCACUAUUUUAUGCACAGGUCCCCUGGUUCUCUGUUUUAAAGCCAUUGUCCAAAAACAUACAUUCUGUAUGUCUCUGCUUUAGAGUAAAUUUAACUGUGCAAGUGAUUAAAUGUUCUUGGUUUUACUCUAAAUCUUCUCUGUCAGUGUUUCUAAGUUGUUUUUGAGAACAUGUGUCCAUUUAUUCCACAUAAAUUUGUUCAUUAGUGUCUUAAUUUCUUAAUUUUUCACUAUCAAAUGAUGUACAAUGCUAACUUAAAGGAUGUCAAUUUUCACAGAUGACUUUGUUAAAUUGUAAUGAUCAUUCAGUGGAAACGUUAUGCCUUCAUCCAGUGUAAUAGAUAUAUAUAUUGAACAUACAAAGAACAGCAUGACAAAGUCUUGCAUAACAUUUUGUUUUCUUUCCUUUUAUUUUAAUGUAUUUGUUUUAUCACACUAUUCAGAUGAGUGAUGAACACAUGAGCACCACUGAUUUAAAAGCUCAUCUUGUCACAAUCUCUUGCUGGGGUGCCCGUGAGCUGUGCUAGAGGGCAUCUCAUUCUGUACCUUUUACUAUUCGCCCUGGACUCAUCACCUCAUCAAUCUCACACCAUAAGAAUAACGCACACAAGAGCUAACAUCGCUGGUUAUUGAAUGUUUUCGAAGUUUCCUAUGUGUUCCUUGUUUUCCAAGUUUCCUAGUUUUAACUUGCCUUAGUGUUUUUGACCCUGGACUGUUUCAUUGAUUCUGAUUGUUUGGUGUCUGCCCUCACCAUUGCCCGUUGUCUGGAUUACUCUUUUGUAGGGAUGGCUGAUGUGAAACUGAUGUUUCGACACGAUGUCGAGAUCCUGAAGCACAGAUGUUUGAAACACUGCUCCGAAGUGUGAUUCGAAACACCCAUGACACGUGACUUAGGCGAUUCAAAGCAUCAGGGCAUUUCACAAGUGUUUCGAGAUCUGAAUCUGCUCUUGAUCGACAGGGUUGGGAACAAACCACACAAUCGCACCUCUGUCUUAACCUAACUUCCACAAAGUAUAAAAGUGGAGUUAAUGACCACUCGGUGUCACCGUAGAGAUGGGUGUCGAAUUGUUUCGAAGCCUCUGCACAUUUGCCUCGACUGUUUCAGUGUUUCAUGAAGCCUCGCUUUGCCCACCGCUACUCUUUUGCCUCUGCCUUGGACAUAACUGUUUGCUGCUACUAGACCCUGCCUGUGUGACUAUGCCUUACUGAAUAAAGACUGCAUUGGACUCUGUUCUAGAUCAAAUUGAAAAACAUUCAAUCACCAGUGAUGUGAGCUUGUAUGUGUGCUAUUCUUAUGGUGUGAGACUGAUGAGGUGAUGAGAGCAGGUGAUUGCAGUUGACGAUAAGUCCGGGCAAAGAAUUAUGGGAAAUUGAGUCCAGGGAGAAUGGUAAAAGGUACAGGAUGGUGUGCCCUCUAACAGAGUUUGCGGGCACUACAUCUAGAGAUCGAGACACAUCUACACUUUCCCAGUAUAAUAUUAACAUAACAACACAAUAUCUAUUACACUAGGUGAAGACAACACCAACUCUUAAAUGAUCAUUAUUAUUUACAUUGUAAUGCAAAGGCAACACACAGCAACAGAGUUAUAACUGAAACUGGGUCUACUAUGAUAGAAGAUACGGGUUUGGCUGUUCAAAAAAUCAUAGAAAAUAGAGUUUGAAUUGAUAUCAAAACAGUUACAAUAAAAUACUAACAUUAAAUAAAUAAAAAACAAGCCAUUUCAGUCUCAGUAUUGCUGUAGUUACUGUGUUUUGCCUUUGCAUAGGAUUAUACAAUGAGAUCAUAUAUUUAAUUGAAAAUAUCAGGCUAUGAAUGAUCACAGAUUAUCAAGAGACUAUGAAAUUGUAUGAAUGUCCAGCUUGGAAGAGCUGCAUAGAACAUAUUGUAGUCCAUCUGAUGCUGUAGGGCAUUUGUUAAUUACCAACCUGUUUCAUGCUGACUUCAGCAUCAGAGAUUUCCUUUUUUCAGUUAUCCCAAAUGUAUUCUCUGUCACUAUACUGUAUUUCCAUUGUAAAGUCAAAGACAUUUCAUAUAUAAUCUAACCCUGAAUCUGGCCUCGCUGUAUAAGAUCCCGUUUACCAUCUAGAAUCCAUCAGUAUUUCCCAGAUAUCUCUCUUGUUCCCCUGGAUUUAUUUCCAUAGUGUCAAAAGUCACAUAACCGAUCCUCAUCCCAUCUUUGUCGAAAACUGGUUAUUCUAAUAUAAAUUUUAAGAUUUAUUUGAAUGUAGCCUGUCCUCUUUAAGGUUUUUCUGUGCUUUUGUUGUUGUUUCUGUUGUUCAGACACUUUUGUUGGUCAUGUUUAUCAAGAUUUUAAUCGACUGUUGACCACUUGUCAAAAAGUAUGAUUUACACAAUGAAUGCUCUCCUCCUCUGGAAAGGUUGCAACUGGAACCUGCGGUUUACAAGCAUAGAAAUGGACAGACAUACAGUAUAUAGAAAUAACAGUUAUUAUUACAGUGUCAUAUUGUCAUACAAUAGAUGCUUUAGUUCAACAAUUUUCUUUGAUUUUUUUUUACACAAAGACUUUGAUUAAUAUUUAUAAAUCAGUCUCACUGGUCAUGACCUUUUUUGAAGGUAAGAUGAAAAUACAGCUGCAUUUAUUAAAGUUCUGUUCUAAGGGAAAAUAAAUAGAGAUAUAAACUAUUAUGAAA